UCCCAUUUCAUUGUCAAAAUUCAAAACAUUGGAGCACACUGGCGCUAUUUGGUUCGGCUUCCCACAUACAUGCACACACACUCACACACACACAGAGAGACGCGCACACACACGGGCACCUUGGAGAAUUUAUUUAUGAAAUCUUAUUAGUGUAUGUGGGUUGACAACCGUACAGCAGCAGCAGCAGCAGCAGCGUACAGCGUACAGCAGCGGCAGCCGUGUUUGCUACCAAUUAGAUAAUCAACUGCUGACCGACAUACUAUUUCCAAUUGGACCAGAAUUGUGUGUGUGCGUUUGUUUUUACAGUAAUUAAAUUCGAAGUAGCCAGGAGAAAUUAACCGUGAGGAAAAUGAGUCGCCAACUAUUAAGGAAUCCGUCAACGCUACAGCGUGCUGCCACUGCAGUUGUGACAUCGGGGCUGCCGCAUCUGGAGCAUAGCAGUGGUCGCAUCUGUCAGCUGCAGCAACAAUGUAAACUGCCGUCGAGCGUUGCCAUUCGACGCUGGAAAUCGCUGCUACAUAACAAUAACAGCGCUCAAAAGCCAGCGACAGCAGCUACAGCCACAACGGCGUCGACGACGGCAACGACAGCGACAGCGACGCGACGCUGCAGUCAAGCUGAAGCAUUGAACGCGCGUGGUAGCCAUUCACCGUUUAACGCUCCUGUUCGCAACAUGUCCACCGCUAGCAAUGAGAAGGUCCUCUCCAUGGGCAACAUCAAUGCCAACUAUAAGGCCAUGGAGUAUGCGGUUCGUGGACCGAUCGUUAUACGCGCCGGAGAAAUUGAAAAGGAACUGUUGAAGGGUGUUCAGAAGCCAUUCGACCGGGUCAUCCGGGCCAACAUUGGCGAUUGCCAUGCGAUGGGCCAAAAGCCUUUGACCUACUUAAGGCAGCUGAUGGCUUUGACCAUGGAACCGCGUCUGUUGAACUCCCCCGAAUAUCCGGACGACAUCAAGAAGCGCGCUUGUGAUCUGCUCGCCGCCUGUUCGGGUGGUUCGAUGGGUUCCUAUACCGAUUCAGCUGGCUUGGAGUUUGUACGUCGUCAGGUCGCCGCCUUCCUAGAGAAGCGUGACAAUGGCGUGCCCGCCGAUUAUCAGAAUAUUUAUUUGACCGGUGGUGCGUCGCCGGGCAUUAAGAGCAUUCUGGCUCUGCUCAACUGCCCGGUUGGCGGUCUGCCGCCCGGCAUUAUGGUGCCCAUACCACAGUAUCCACUGUACUCGGCGACCAUCACAGAGCUGGGCAUGUGCCGUGUGGAUUAUUUCUUGGACGAGGCCAGAUGCUGGGGACUCGAUCGCAAGGAGCUGCAGCGAGCGUACGAGGAAUCGAAGAAGAAGUGCAGCCCGCGUGUGCUGGUUGUCAUCAAUCCGGGCAAUCCCACCGGACAGGUGCUCACCCGCGAGAAUAUCGUCGAGAUUAUCAAGUUUGCAUAUGAAAACAAGCUUGUGAUCCUGGCCGAUGAGGUGUACCAGGCGAACGUGUAUGACAAGAACUCCAAGUUCUACUCGUUCAAGCAGGUCAUGAACGAGAUGGGCGGACCGCAUCGCCAGCAGGAGUUGGUCAGCUUCCUGUCCGUUUCGAAGGGCUACCUCGGCGAGUGCGGCAUACGCGGCGGCUACAUGGAGGUGCUGAACUUGUGCCCCGAAGUCAAGGCGGUGCUCACCAAAUCGAUUACGGCCCAGCUCUGCAGCACCACCGCCGGUCAGGUGGCAAUCAGUGCGCUCGUGAAUCCACCCACUCCCGGGGAGCCAUCGUAUGAGCUCUUCGAAAAGGAGAAAUCCGAGGUAUUGAAUGCGCUCAAAGAGCGUGCCGAAUUGGUCUACAAAACGCUGAGCAGCUUCGAAGGCUACACGGUGAAUCCGGUGCAGGGCGCCAUGUAUGUGUUCCCCAAGAUUGAGAUACCACCCAAGGCUGUCGAGGCGGCCAAGGCUAAGAACAUGCUGCCGGAUGUUUUCUACGCAUUCGAGCUGCUCGAGACGACAGGUAUUUGCAUUGUGCCUGGCAGCGGAUUUGGCCAGUUGCCCGGCACCUAUCACUUCCGUAGUACCAUUUUACCACAGACGAAUGUAUUGAAGGAAAUGAUGGAGAAAUUCCGCGUAUUCCACGCCGAGUUCAUGAAGAAGUAUAAGUAGAUUGCGUACACUCGAGUCAUUAACCAAAAAACAAAUUUUUUUUUUUUUUUAAUUUUGAAAAUUACGAGUAAUAAAACUUAGUGAAAAUCAAAUCCCAUUUAUGUAAUAUCGUGGAUCUGAUAUACGUUUUUGAAUUUCGAGACAAAUGUUUAUCUAUAUGUAGAUAUAUACCUAUGUAUAUUGGCCAUAUGUUUAUGGUUUGUUUUGUUUUUUGUUUUUUUUUUAAGAAUUGAGGCACAUUACAAAAUUUGACAAUAAUAUUUGUUCAAUUGUUUGCUUUGUUGCAUUCAAUAUGAUAUUGUUAGUAAUAUAUAUACAUAUAUAUUAAUCAGAUGUGGAUAUACAUACGUACAUAUAUACAAGCUAAAUAUCCCGACUAAAUGUUAUCUAUUGUGUUAUUGUUGAUCAAUUAUUAUUAUGAAUAAUAUUAUAUAUAUACAGAUAUACAAAUACAAUUGGCAUUCAGAAUUCGAAAUUGGUUUGAUGGAAAUUUCAUCGCACCCAAAAGUAUGCAAUUUUUUACUUGUAAAUGACCUCUGAUUCAUUGUCAUAGCCCAUACUCUUUAAUCCCAAAUACUAUCUAUAUUCAUUAAUCAAUCUACAAUAUAUCAAUAUAUAGUUAAGUUGCUAAAAUAUAUGUAUAUAAAAUA